CGACAAAUCGUCCACCAUAAAGUGGUGUUUGGAUGAUGGUACUGGAGUUAUCUGGGUUGAAGCUGCGGGUUCUGUAUCACAGGAUAUACUGCACUCCAUCGGGAUAGAAGUAAUGACGGAAAGUUCAAUAAGAGCCAAAUUGACAAAGGAACAACUGGGACAUAAUAUUAAGGGAAAAAUGCUUUGGUGUUGCAUUUCAGUGCUAGGGACCGGAAAGUAUCAAUUCAAUUCUGUUCUGAUGGAUUACAGUGAUGGCUCGCGAUCACUCGCGCAGGCUGACUGUCAUAAAAUGUUAAAGGAACUUCAAUCUAAAUGUGAACAUCGUUGA